UGUUCUGAUCUGUUCAACUCUGUUCCAUUCACGAUGGCGAGAGCACUCCUGGAGUCCUCGGGCGGCGCGGCGGCAGCGGCGUGGGGCUUCCUGCCGCCGUGGCUCGCGGCGCUCGGCAUGGUAGUGGCGUCGGUCUGGGUCGUCUCGUUCGCGGUGUUCCUCUGCGGCCGCAGCAGCUCGCACGACGACGUCGACGUCCCCAAGAGGAAACCCGCCGCUGCAGCCGCGUACGCCUCCGGUGGAUGCCAUGGCCACGGACACGGCCACGGCGGCGGUGGUGGCGGCGGCGGCUGCGGUGGAGGAGGAGGUGGUGGUGGUGGCGGCGGCGGUGGCUGCGGCGGAGGCGGCGGCGGAGGCUGCUGA